AUGACAAGAAACACUAUGCCAGAACCAGAACCAGUGUCCGACUCUGCCACAUCCAACUCACGACCCGACUUCGACGCCCUAGUCCAACACCAACUCGACAAACACAAACUUCCCGGCGCAAGCUUCUCCCUCGUCCAUGGCAAAACCAUUUGGAGUAAAGGCUACGGCCUCGCAGAUCUCUCCACCGGACGCGAUAUUGAUGCAAACAUCACCCUGCACUACUCCGCCAGCACAACCAAAGCUUUCCUCACCACCGCCCGGGCCCUCUACAUCAACUCCAACGCCAACAAGCGCAAGCCAGACCAUGAGAAGAUCUCCUUUAGCACCUCUUUGAGUAAGAUCAUUCGUGAUGACUCCGUCCUCCCCAAUCCCUUCUCUACUGAGCGUGUCACGCUCGAAGAUGUCCUCUCCAUGCGCUCUGGAAUGGCUCGACAUGAAUUGGCGUAUGGGCGUGAGGAGGCUUACACGCCUCGUGAUGUCGUGCGCAACCUGCGGAAUCUGCCGGUACAUACGGAGUUGAGGAUGGAGUUUGAGUACUGUAAUACGGGGUAUGUCGCUGCGAGUCAUGCGCUUGAGGUGGUGACUGGACGGCCUUUGGUUGAUGUUCUGCGAGAGUGGAUCUGGGAGCCGCUUGGGAUGGGGAGUACGUUUGGCGGGUAUGAUGAGGUCGUCGCUAGAGGCCAGGAGGGGAGGAUGGCGAAGGGGUAUACCUGGAGUAAGUUGCCUCACCAUGAGGAUUUCGGGGAUGGAGAGUUUCGUGCUGAAGAGCCGAUGGAUCUCAGACCUGUUUCGGGCGCAGGAUAUAUGAUCUCCACUGGGGAUGAUUAUGUGAAGUGGCUCAAGGCUCUGCUCAGCCGAUCAGAUCUCAAUCCUAUCACGGUGGAGAUUACGAAGGGAUGCUUUAGCCCUCGUAUGAUCUGUCCGCCCACAGGCGUGAGCGAAGCUAUCUUCGACGGAGGCCACCUGCUGUACGCUCUCGGAUGGUUCGUAGCAUCGUACAAAGGGCACCGUAUCGUCUACCACCCGGGCGGGUUGGUAGGCGGUGGGUCGAGGGUGCUUUUGUGUCCAUCGAUAAAGUUCGGGACGAGUUUCUUGUCGAAUGGCUUUGGGGCUGGAGAGAGGUUAGCAUCACUGCAGUUGUGGCUUUUGGACCGAGCGUUGGGUCUGGGUGAGAAGGAGUGCGAUGGGUUCGAGAAACGGAAGGCUCAGAGUCGGAUCGGGGAAGAUGGGCAGGUCCAGGCUUUCGGUAUUGGGAUGGAACCGGCGAUGCGUGAUGAGUUGUUCUGGUUUGACAGAAAAGACCGUCGAAAGGUAGAAAAUUAA